ACCUCACCAACCAACCAAACUAUUCACUACAACCACCACCACCAAAGCCCCUCGAGGGAACCACGAAAAGCAUGCUAAACCGCACCCUACCAGAACUCCUCUUCAUAAGAACUUGCAUAGCAUCCUUACGAUCCAUCCCCCCGGUCAGCACCCUCUAUACCAUCUCUCGAUUCACCAUUCUACCAUCCAACUUCCGUUUGCCAAUAGCACUAGAGGUAUACCUGUUUGCGGAAGCACUAUUCUUCACAGCGGUGUACAUCCCUCGGAAACUAAUAUUACAAAAACCAGCGCAACACCCCCCGCUCUCCCCGCGCUCUAACCGACAGGCUCUGUUCGAGAAAUGCAUUGACAAGACGCCAGAUGUGAACGCGUACCUUUCCGGCUGGUUCCAUGGCGCCGCCGUGGAAACAAUUAAGCGGGAGAACGUGAGGGAGUUUCUCUCUUGGGCCUUCUUAAACGAGUCGUGGAGCGGAGGGACGGAGGAGUUUGCGGAGUUGGAGGAGUAUGUCUGUCUCCUUGAAAGGAGGCUUGGAAGGGAACUCGAGAGGGGGUAUAAUAAGAGGGUGAAGUGCGUUAGGUUAACGGUUGAUGGAACGGUCAUGGAGUAUAGGAGUUUGCUCUGGUAUUCUGUUGUUUUUAUCGUAGAUUUAACAACUUGCAUACGCUUCCGCCUGCACUCUUUCAACCAUUUCGCCCCAAGAGCCUGGUUCCGUAUCAUCCCACCACGCCCACACACAACCUUCUCCUCCCUCUCAUCUGCGCGACACAUCUCAUACUGGCACCGUCCACAUACCCAUCCCACCAAGCUCCCCAUCGUCUUCCUCCAUGGCAUCGGCAUAGGACUAUACCCUUACAUACCCUUCCUGCACGACCUCGCAACUCUAGAUCCAGAAGUCGGCAUUUUAGUCUUAGAACUCAUGCCGAUAAGUUUCCGCUUCUCGCACACCCCACUAUCCAGGCCUGCCUUCACGGAGGAAUUCACGUCCAUACUGGCGCAGCAUGACAUCCGAAACUUUAUGCUGAUCUCGCACUCCUAUGGGACCGUGUUAUCAACCUGGUUACUACAUUCCGAGCACCUAUCUCCAAGGAUCUCAUCCCUAAUGCUUAUGGAUCCGGUGACCAUCUUACUACACCACCCCUCCGUAGCGUACAACUUCGUCCACCGCGCUCCAAGCACAGCGAAUGAAUGGCAGCUGCAAUACUUCGCCUCCAGAGAUCCGGACGUGGCGCAUUCGCUCUCCCGCCACUUCUUCUGGGCAGAGAACAUCCUCUGGAAGGAAGAGCUCGCAGGGAGAAAAGUUGGCGUCGUGAUCAGUGGGAACGACCUGAUUGUUGAUGCUCCUGAGUGCUGGAGGUACCUUACCGGCCGGGAUAGAGUGAAAAAUGAGGAUAGGAAUGUGGUUUGGACUGAUGGGGAGGGGGGUUUGACCGUGAUUUGGUGUGAAGACCUGGACCAUGCGCAGGUUUUCGAUACGCAGGUGAGCAGGAGGCUUGUUGUUACGCUUGUUAAGGAGUUUGUUGGGGAUGAAUAAAGGGGUGGGGGGGUAUUAUAUAAUACUACGGUGCGGAUACCCUUUGUAGAAAUUCAACACUACCCGACUGUUCAUUUUCGGAUGAACAAAGUACCGUACUAGCA